AUGGCUACAUCCCGGGUUUUGUUGACAGGCGCCAAUGGGUUCAUUGGAAGUCAUCUCCUCUCCCUCUUCCUGGAAAAGUCGUGCUUCGUGCAAGCCGUGGUUCGGACCGAAGCUAAAGCUAAACGAGUGAUGAAAGACUUCCCCGGCGUCGACAAAUCUAGGCUCGACUUCUCCAUCGUUCCAGACAUCACAGCGCCGGGAGCCUUCGACCAGUGCAUCAAGGACGCUCAACCCCUUGACGCGAUCAUCCAUGCCGCGUCCCCAUUCAACUACACGGAAGCCAAGACCCCAGCUGAUUUCAUCGAGCCAGCAAUCCACGGCACGACGGAGAUUCUGAAAUCCGCCGCGAAGUAUGCACCGGGACUGAAAAGACUUGUCAUCACAAGCAGUUUUGCGGCGAUCGGGAACCCGAUGGAUCUCCAAGGGAACGGCAAAGUGUAUUCCUCGGAUGUGUGGAACCCUGUGACAAAGGAGCAAGGGUACUCGGGCGAUUUGAGACUGGCGUAUUGGGCCAGCAAGACCUUUGCAGAGCAGGCCGCCUGGGAAUUCAUGAAGACGGAGAAACCGAGCUUUGAACUCGUCGUCCUCAACCCGCCCAUCGUUUACGGUCCCCUCCGGCACAGCAUUAAUUCGAUGAGCGAUCUGAACACGUCAAACACGGUUCUCUGGAACCUCAUGCAAUCUGAAAAGAGCGCUCCGGUCCCAGAGGACACCUUACACAUCUUUGUCGACGUUCGCGACCUGGCAGUGGCACAUUAUCAGGCCGCUUUCGCUCCCGGGGUCGGCGGUCGUCGGUUCCUCGUCACCCCCGGCAGCAACACCAACCAGGAAACCUGCGACAUUUUGAGAAAAGAGUUCCCGCAGCUCGACGACAAGAUCCCGCUGGGUCAACCGGGCAAGCACGCCUUACCUGCGGGAUCCUUCAAGAUCGACAAUUCAGCAUCACGGGAGGUGCUGGGGGUGACGUAUCGCUCGUUUGAGACCACUGUGGCGGAUACUGCGAGGAAUUUGUUGGAGGUGGCAAAGACGUUGAGCGCAGAGGCAUGA